AUGUCUACACAUAUUUGGCACUCUCUAAAACAAUCCACAACUGAUAUCAGGCUUUUAUGGUUCUCGGUAUUUAUUCGUAUGAUCUCAUUCGGUCUCACAAACCAAGUCUUGACGCUAUAUUUAAGAGAACUUAAUAUCAGCGAGGUGAACAUCGGUUUGUUCAUGUCACUAACCAUGGUAGGAGAUUCUGUGAUUUCAUAUGCGUUGACAUGGAAUGCCAACAAGCUGGGAAAUAGAUUCAUCAUGCUGUUAGGGAGCUUCUUGAUGAUUGUUGCUGGUUUUAUAUUCUCCACGGGUACAGGCAACUUUCAUUAUUUACUAUUUGCAGCUAUAGUCGGUGUUAUAUCGCCUUCAGGUAACGAGGCUGGUCCAUUCAAAACAAUCGAGGAGACCGUUUUGGCCAACUUAACUCCACCGAAUCACAGGCCUGAAAUUUAUGCAAUCCAUUGGAUACUUGGUUCUGUUGGCGCAUCGCUUGGUUCCGUUUUGGCUGGUCUUAUUGUCCAAACAUUGAUUUUGAAUCAUGGAUUUUCUACAAAAGACGCUUACAGGUGCACUUUUUAUGUUAUAGUUUUUACCUCGGUACUAAAGUUUGCUUCAUUGUUAUUCAUAUCUGAAAAGGCAGAACCUUCAUAUAUUCCGCCAUACAAACUAACACUUGAAAAUCAACUAGAUAAUGAGGAUAAUGAGGAAUCGAAUAGGACAAUUGAUUCUCAGGCUUCUACAUCAACUAUGACUUCAGCAAAUGGCGAGCGUCAACCAUUGUUGCGUAUUCAAUCAACGGUCGAGCAUCCAACAAUUACAGGUUUAUCACCGCAAACCCAAUCUAUUCUUUUCAAAUUGAUGGUACCAUUUAUGCUUGAUUCAUUUGGCUAUGGGUUUAUGACAAAUGCAUGGGUUGUCUAUUACUUCAAGAAAAGGUAUCAAAUAUCGGCAGUCAUUCUUGGAGUACUAUUUGGAUUCUCAGGGAUUGCUAUGUCAAUCUCAGCUAUACCCUCGGCGUGGUUUGCUAAACGUUUUGGACCUAUUAAAUCAUCUGUUCUAACACAAAUCCCCUGUGGUUUAUUUUUCAUGGCAAUUCCUUUAUUAGGAUAUAACUUCAACGUAGCUGCUGUUUUCUAUUUGCUAAACCAAGUUACAACCGCAUUUGACGUUGUUCCCAGACAAAUUAUUUUAACCUCAUUGAUUCCACCAGUAGAAUUAUCCAAAGUCAUGGGAAGUGUUAAUAUUGGCAAACAAAUUGCUAGAUCAAUCAGUCCUUGUUUUACAGGAUUUUUUGCUAGGGAUGGGCUACUAUGGCUUUGUUUCCAGCUAACGGGUACCUUCUUAAUUAUGGCAAAUCUUUUUCUUGCGGUAGAGUUCUCUUGUUUGGAUGAAAAGGUAAGAAAGUUGGAACAAGUUAAUCACGACAUUGUCUAA